AUGUCGACCUCUGUUUCUUCGAGUUUGGAACCAGCCCCAAGACCCAUGCAAACCAAAUCUAGCCAGAGCCGCCAUCAACGACUACAAGGGUUGACUACCCAGCUAUUGUGGCGUUUGCAACAAUCCUCGCCUUUUCACUCAUCAACUACCUCUAACCUCGUGGUGCCUGUUCUUCCCGAGGCAGCCCUAGAGUUGGGUGUGCCCUCUAAACCUGCCCGCUUGCUUCCCGGCCUUGAAGAGAGUCAAGGUGCCUUGUAUGAGAUUGGCGUCAGCGAUGAUGGCACCUUCGUAGGCCUCACGCAAGACGAGCUGGAUGAGAGUAUGACAAAUCUACAGGCUAUGGCUGCCAGUCUUGGGUGUAAGGUUGAGAUCCUUCGCCGAGUUGUGGUUGGGAAUUGUGAAUGGGCCGAAUUUUUGCCAUCAAAAAAUGCUAACGAAACCAAAAACACUGAAAGUCUCUGGGUCGCGGAGGCUCUGGUUAGUCCCGAUCUGGACUUUUACAAUAUCUCUCCGAUCAAAUCUAAGAAUGAUACAGAGGCCGCCGCACACCCAGGAUUUGGCAACACGUCGGCCUUGGACGAGGAUUACUCCCACACAGAGCAGAUUCGCAUUUCUCUUGCAGGUCCAAGCACUGCAGGGAAAACUUCUUUGCUGGGCACAUUGACUUCGUCUGCGCUUGACAAUGGAAGAGGCAAAAGCAGGUUAAGUCUGCUCAAGCAUCGGCACGAAAUCACAUCGGGCAUCACCAGUUCAGUUGCCCAAGAACUGAUAGGGUACACAGACGAGAGGCCACCAACCGUAAUGAACUACGCUUCCGGUAAUGUUGCCGGCUGGGAUGAUAUCCAUGCCGCUUCGAAUGGAGGUCGCUUGGCUUUUGUGUCCGAUCUACCCGGCUCUAUUCGAUAUUUGAAAUCUACCCUGCGAGGACUUGUCAGCUGGGCUCCACAUUAUGUGAUACUUUGCAUUCCAGCUAAUUGUGGCACCGAGACACCCAGCGAACAGGCAGGUACUGAACAAUCAGAAAUCGGUACGUGCUUGUCAUAUCUAGAACUGUGCCUGAAGUUAGAGGUUCCUGUGUUGAUUGUCAUUACCAAAUUGGACGUUGCGUCCCGCAGCGGACUACGGGACAAUCUUGGAAGAGUUCUAUCUGCGCUUAAAACAGCCGGCCAACAACCGGCGAUGCUACCUGCAUCGCCUGCGGGUGACAAACCACUCGACCUUCAGCAAGUCAGCAUGCUGGACAGCAACCAAGUACAGAAAGUGUGUACGGCAGCUGAUGGGAAAUGGGCACACACCGUACCUAUCAUGCUUACCAGUGCUGUGGAUGGCUCUGGCAUUGGAAAACUUCAUGCUUUCCUUCGAUCUCUUCCAAUUCCCACACGACCAUCUCAGAGAAAUCUUCACGUCCCUAAAGGGCUGCCAAUGCCCUCUCAUAACUCCGCCAAUAUCUUUGACGUGGAUGAAGUGUUUGCAAUCCCUCCCUCCAAAGUCUAUUCACUGGACUCGGAGAAAGGCGGCCAAGAAAACCGCGGUAUGGUUCUCUGCGGCUUAGUCCGUCGCGGGAAUGUUUCCAUCGGCGACGAAAUGGUAAUUGGCCCCAUUUUAGUGGACGUACCAACUGACCAAAGCAAUGAGCCCCAACCCCCGGGAGGGUCACUAUCCUGUGGUGGGCCCGGCCCGCCGAGUGAUUGCCCGGCAUCUUUCUCGCAGAGCUCACUGCCCGGCAAAGAUUUUCAAGCAAGAUGGCAGCGUAUCCGCGUUGUCAGUGUAAGAGACCUGCGACUUCCUGUCCGCCGUCUAAUUAGAGACCAGGUUGGAACUAUCGGAAUCGAACCCAUCGGGGCUUCAGAUGAUGGUCGUCUACCGCGUUUCAGUCGAAUUCGCAAGGGCAUGAUUCUUUCAAACUUCCACGCCCCACUCUCCUGCUUGACUGGCCUUUCGCCUGGCUCCUCGUUAUUAGCGCUACCAUUCCACACAGGAUUCACCGCCACCUUCCGAUCUACCGAAUUUUCGGCUCCAAAUUCUCCUCCACUCUUGCUUGGCGGUAACGCUACUGCAUACAUCGCCAACAUUCGAGCUGCUGUCCGUGUCAUUUGCAUGGCGUUGAUUGGGACUAGCGAGCAACUAUCUUCCGAGCCACCUUCUCCAUUGGAACCUGAACUCUUCAGCUUUGACGGCGAUUCUCAUUCUCCCAGUGAAAAAUCAAACGGCAACCCAACAACAAAUAAUACCGUAGAUGGCGCAGGUGAUGUUGUUCGCCGCCGUUCCUCGACCACGGAUAUCAGCAAAGUAGUGUCUGGCGUUUCCUCUACAUCCAUUACCGGGGCUGCUUCUUCUGCAGAAGCCCUGAAAGAGAACGUCAAGAUUACUUUUGCACUGGUAUCGUCUGUUGAAUGGGUGGAACUUGGGUCUCAGGUUCUCGUUAUGCCUGGUGUCUCUGCAGCGUCUGUUGUGUCCCAACCCGGGGCUACGGCAGCAUCUACACCUGGCUCUAGCUCUGUUUCUGGGGCAGCGUUCAUGUCAGGGUUAGAAGGGUUUGUGGGGACUGUCUGCGAGGUUGUCCCUGGGAGAGUUCCGAUUGUAGAGAGCUAG